GUCCUGGAUGUUAGUGCUGACUCAUGACUGGAGUUUAAUUAGAGGUUGCGACCUCAACAACCUUGGCCUUUUACUUUGGUGUAAUAUCAGCAUGUAUACCAGCUUAAGCAUGCAGAUAUAAGAACAGCAUUGUAAUUUAACAUAUUUUGCGUGAAUGCAGCGCUUUGAGGUGGCUCGGUCUCUGUUUUUAUGAGCAGGAGCAUGCCUGCCAUCUGAUUGGUCAAAUUUACAUGUAAUGGUAGGUACUGUGUGUUGCGAUAAGAACCGAAGAAACGCCAACAUCCAACAAUAGCAGUGAACUUCUGUAUAUGGCUAUCAGAACAGUAUGACCACUGUUGAAGAGCUUGAUGAUCACCCAGUGUUCAAAAAUGACCCAAUUAAACUGCAGAGUAUGCUGUACAGGGAAGUUGAGCUGACUACUUGUGAUGGCCGUGUUCACAAUGGCAGGGUUUUGACCAUUGACCCUGUCUCAGAAAGCUGGGUGCUGGUCAGUGGUCUGGAGGCCCGCAGCCCCACCGUGGAGCUGGUGUUCGGUCACGGUGUGACGGCCUCUCGCACCCUCAGCGCAGAGUGUGACGAGCGGACCCGCCGGGCCAUGGACUCCCUGCUCCGCACCCAGACGGUGGAGCAGAGCGCGCUCUCGCCCGGCGCACUGCGCGCCCGGCGUGAUCACGUGGUCGGCUGGCUGCGGCGCCACCGUCUGCCGGUGGAGGUGGGCGCCGAUCACGUGACGGUGGCCGGCGUGGCCACGCUGCACGCGCCGUACACGGCCGACCAGUGCGUCUGCGCCAACGAGCUGGUGCUGCAGCGGCUGGACGCCCUGCUGCGGGCCGCGCCGCCGCCGGACGGAGCGGAACACCCGGCAGGAGAGCCGCCAGAGGUCAGCUGACGCGCCGCGCCGCGCUGGGAGCUGGCCGAGCGGGAGGGGGUCUCACUGCUGGGGAAGCGAUCGUGCCAUUGUCAUUUGUACUUUUUGUCAAACAAUAUAACUGAUU